AUGCCAAGACUAGAAGACACUCAGGUCUACGACCGCGACGAGGAAGAAGAUGACCUCCUCAACCGUAACCGGCGGAGGGUAGUGCGUCUCUGGGAAGACUUUAUCGAUUUCGCAUUUCAGGGAAAUGUGCUCGAGAUCGCUUUUGGUUUGAUCCUAGCAACAAUGUUCACAGCCCUCGUCACCUCUUUUGUUUCCGACAUUGUCCUCCCGCCCAUCUCGGUGCUUCUCCCACUGAACAAGAACUUGGAAGAAAAGUUCGCGGUGCUCCGGUCCGGAGCUAAUCAUCCUGAGGAAGGAUAUAACACCCUGAAACAGGCGCAGGCGGAUGGUGCUGUUGUUAUGGCUUAUGGUUUCUUCAUGAACCGCCUCCUCAACUUCAUGGGCGUUGGCUUCUCGCUUUACAGCAUCGCUUCCAUCUACCAGUUCAUGUCGAAGGACCCCAUCAUCAAGAAGACUAUUCGGUGUCAGUAUUGUUGCAAGUUUGUGAAUAUUAACUCAAUCCGCUGCAUAAACUGUACCUCCUGGCUCGACGGCCGCGAAGACAUCCUCCUUCACCAAUACCACCAACAGCACCAACAACAACAGCACCAGCAACAAAUCCCCACCCCCUCUCUUCCUCCCAACAACGGUACCCAGGGAGCACCACCCCCGGCGCCCCAGGAGCUACAGGAGGCCCCACAGGCACCACCACUCCCGGCGGAGGAGCAGGUCCCUCGCAAUCGCAAUAGGGACGGUGGCGUCCGGAUCGAGCAGAUUCCAGCAUGA